UAAAUAUAGAAAGUAUACAUCCAAUUAGUAAAAAUAUUUCUACUUCAUCUCAAAUUGAAAAUAUUAAUAAUACAUCUAAAAAUGAAGAAAUUAUUAUAGCUACAUCUCAAAAUGAUAAUAUUGCAGAAAUAAGUGUUGAAUUACAAUCAGCUACAGUAUUAAAUGAAGUCGAACAAGAAUUUUUGAGAAAAUUUCGCACUAAAAUGACAAAUGAUCUUACUGCAUUCAGAGACUUUAUAGUUCAUCAUAAUAUUGUUGCAAAUGCACUAUAUUGGUUAAAGGCAAAUAAUCAUUAUUAUGCUGAUAUUAUUAUCAACAAUGAAGUACUUGAAUCUUUGCCUGAAGAUGAUGAUGAUUCAAAUAUUGAAAUUGAAGAUGAAAUUACAUGUUCUUUUGUAUCUUUUCUUCUACUAACUGAUUGUGAAAAUGUUGCUAUUAAUAAUGCUUUUGACAUCUGA